AUGGAGUCUGGGCUGGAGCCCAAUGCCACGUUCACUGCCAUCUUCCUGGCCACGCCUGAGCAGCUGCUCCGACUCGCCUUUGCCAGCUUCUGCAGCCUCAUCCUGCUGGUGGGGCUGCUGGCCAAUGGGCUCAUGCUGCUGGUGGUGGGCCGGAGCUCGGGCGCCCCGCGGCCACUCCUCACGCUGACCAACAGCCUCAUGGUGAACAUCACGCUGUCUGACCUGCUCUUCCUGGCCUGUGUGGUGCCCAUGCUGCUGCUGAGCUUCCUGCAGUGUGACUGGUGGCUGGGCCCGGCCACCUGCACCACCAGCCAGGCAGCCAGCAUGGCCACCAUGUUCUGCACCUUCUACAGCAUGGUGGCCACGGCUCUUCUGCGCCAUGUGGCUGUGGCCCAGACCGACGUGGUCCUCCCGGCUGGCUGGGGCUCCUGGGUGCUGCUCUGUGGGGCCAUGUGGGGCCUGGGCCUCACCGCCUCGCUGCCCAACUGGCUGUUCCAGCGGGUGGUGGCGGAAGAGGAGGCAUCAGGGGCCCCCGAGGCCUGGGCUUCCCUGGCCUUCCUGCCCUGCGUGCUGGGGCUGGGCUGCUCCUUCAGCCACGUGGGCUGGCUCCUGUGGCCAAAGCCCCAGGGACCCAUGGGGGAGAGUGUCCAGGAGCACCAGGAGAACAUGGGGCUCGUCCUCGUUGUGCUGGUGGUCUUUGUGCUGAUGUGGGGGCCCUGCUCUGUGCUGGGCUACAUGGCGGCCGUGGGUGGCCUGCCCGCCACGCUGGGGGCUUUCCUGGCCUCCAGUCUUUGCACCAUCCUGGCCUACUCCAAUUGUGCCAUCAGCCCCAUCCUCUGCUUCUCCCUCUCUCGCCCCUUCCGUGCAGGACUCAGGAACCUCUUUUGCAGGCCGCUGGUAGCUGGGGAUGCCAGGGGUGAAGGAGGGGCUGCUGUGGGGAUGGGGAGUGUUGGGCCCAGCCAUGGUGAGGUCCCAGGAGGCCUGUGGGGCCUGGCGGGGGUCUGA